UGAGAGAACAAGUCCGUCCGAAACAUUUCGGUACAAACUCGAUUAGGAUUGCGUAACACUGCGUGAACACAAUGAUUGCGUUGCACAACGAUUUGUUCACAUGAUUGAAAAUGACGUCAAUGGUUAUGCUAUCUCUCCACGUGACUACCGAUAAUGCAGCUCAGCGCACCAGGAGCAGACAUAGAGCAAGUUGCGUACUCGGGCUUGUUUUGCAAACACUGUUUAGUGCGAAGGUUUGUGCACUUCUUUAUUAUACUCUCAGAUCUCCACAAACUGCAUUUCAUUUUAGAACACAAACCAGGGAGAAGGCUGUCUUGGUCUGCAAGUUAAGAUGAUUGUGCUUGUACUCUUCCACUGGUUUUUUCCUUGUGUUUUGUCAGAAAACAUUGGGGAUGGUAUAGUCCGCUUGGUGGAAGGCAACUUUACUUUUGAAGGUCGUGUGGAAAUCUAUCAUAACAAAGAAUGGGGAACAAUAUGUGAUGAUGGCUGGGGUAUGGAGGAAGCCAGUGUAGUAUGUCAUCAGUUGGGAUACAUGAAAGGUGCUCAGUAUUGGUACGGCAAUGCCAAAUUUAAAGAAGGACAGGGCAAGAUCUGGUUGGAUGAUGUGGUUUGUUAUGGGAAUGAAUCUGCUUUGACUCACUGUCAUAACAUUGGUUGGAAUGGACACAACUGUCGUCAUUAUGAAGAUGUAGGAGUGGUUUGUCUACCUAAGGGUAAUGUUUCAAACCAAGGAAACUGUGACUUUGAAAAGCAGCAUGGAAUGUGUGGGUUUGAAAAUGAUGUUGAUGAUGAUUUUGACUGGGUGUUUGGAAGCCGAAACAUUCGGUACUACAGACAGGGACCUAAAACUGACCAUACAACGGCUAAUACAACUGGAGAAGGUUUCUAUCUGAAUAUUCCCUUUAAAUUUUUUGAUAUCACCCAAGGACAAAAGGCACGCUUACUAAGUCCUGUUAUUUCGUCUGGAUCUGCUCAUUGUCUUAAGUUUUACUAUUACAUGGGUGGAACUUUUGUUGGAGAACUGAUUGUCUACACACAGAAAAAUGGUGAACCUUUGUGGCAGCUCAUAGGUGACCAAGGACCUGUUUGGAAGAAAGGUGUUAUUCCUCUGAACAUUACAGAAAAAUUUCAGAUCAUUUUUGAAGGUAUUGCUGGGACAGGAUAUUAUGGCAGUGAUGUGUCAAUUGAUGAUGUAUCUGUCUCACAUGAUACAACAUGUGUCUUUACUCCUGUAACAGCUAGACCAACACCCCCAGUGACACCUAUAACCACACUUCGAUUGGCUGGAUCAAAGAUGAAAUCAGCAGGUCGUGUUGAAGUCCUCCAUGGGACAGGAAAGCUGAUGAAGUGGGGAACAAUCUGUGGUUACCAAUUUGACAUUAAGGCUGCCCAGGUAGUGUGCAAAGAACUGGGCUACAAGGGAGCAUUAAUGGUUGUGCCAUGUUGUGAAGUGUUUGGUAAAGGAAUAGGACACAUCUGGAUGGAAAACGUGAAAUGCCUUGGUAGAGAGCCAUCCAUCACCAUGUGUCCUCACAGUGGUUGGGGAAAAACUCACUGCAGUCAUGAUGAAGAUGUGGGAAUCAUUUGUGAAACUGAACAUACAGACAAAACUGACUUUGAUGUGAGGAUAGUGAAUGACGAAGGAGGAGCACUCUUCAAAGGUCGUGUAGAAGUAAAGAUUGGUGGCUUGUGGGGCACUGUGUCUGACUUAGGAUGGGAUAUAUAUGAUGCCAAUGUACUCUGCAAACAGGUGGAUUUUGGAGGUGCUGUUGGAGCUUACUCUGGAAGUAGUUUUGGAAAAGGAAAGGGUCCUAUUUGGAUGUCCAAUUUUCAGUGCAAAGGAUCUGAAUCUUCACUGGCCAAAUGUAUUCACAAUUCUACAGAGAUUCAAGAGAAGUAUGGUCACUACAGAGAUGCAAGUGUAGAAUGUUAUGAUAUUCGGCUGGUGGGUGGUCAGUCUCAUAUGAGGGGACGAGUAGAAGUUCAAUAUGAGGGUUUGUGGGGAACAGUGUGCGACCAUGGCUGGGACCAAAAUGCUGCCAAUGUAGUUUGUCGUCAGCUUGGCUACAGACGAGCUGAGUCUGCAAAUUGCUGUGCUAGAUUUGGUGCAGGGUCUGGUCAGAUUUUCUUGGAUCAAGUGCAAUGUAAUGGAGAUGAACUUUCCUUGUCCUUCUGUCGCCACCUGGGCUGGACAGCUCACAACUGUUCCCAUCAGAAUGAUGCAGGGGUCAGUUGCACCAAUGCCUUUUGCAGUGAAUCUCUACCCUGUUUAAAUGGUGGCAGUUGUAGUGAUGCUUCAGGAACAUGUCAAUGUAAACCAUACUAUGUUGGCGAAACAUGUGGUGUGUCUGUUGAAAAUGAUACUGAAGAAAUUGUUUUGGAUGGAAAUCUGGACCAGUGGAACAAGACAAGCUUCAAGCUGAAAAUGGUGAAAGACCUCAAUUUGUACUGUGCAAAAGUUGACUGCUCUGAUGCUUUGAGGAAAGGAGGAAGCGCCAAACUCAUUUUUCAAGUGGACGAGAUAGUCAUUACAGAAACUGCAAAGCAACAAGAUAAUGGUGUGUUUGUAGGAAUUGCUGUGUUGUACAUUACCAACACCACUGAGGUGUUUCCAAAAACGUUUAUUCAUGAUGUUAUAAGUAACAAUGGAUACAAACUGGCUGGUUAUGAGGUUGUCAUGGUUGAUGGUCAAGACGAAGGGGUUCCUGCUGGUGGCCAUUCUAAUCAGAGGAAAGUCAAAUCGAACACCAAGUACAUCUUAAUUGGAGUAGGUGUUGCAGUUGGACUUAUUGCUUUGCUUGUGAUGGUUUUCAUAGUGAAAAGGUACGGAAGAGCAGUGAGUGUCCGAGCUAGUAGACAGAUGCCCAGCAGCUAUAGUGAUCAGAGCUACGUGGCACUAAAUACUGAAGCAUAUGACGACUCCCUUGAUGAUGCUGCCUUGCUCCGCCCUCAACCUGAUGAGGACCAAGACUUGAUGUCUUAAUCGCCCAUUACCAGGGUACUUUUUACCUGUCUUCCUCGUAUGAUAAGAGAGGAGAACCGUUUUUCUUCCUUGACCUAACCAAUCCGCGAGAGGAGAGCCUGCUGACAGGCUAUUGUAUUUCACAUUUACCCCCAAUAUUUACCUGGCAUAUCAUUAUAACUAGUCGACAGCUAUAUAGAUUCCAUAAUAUUUCAUAGUUUUUUUUAUAUAAAUGUUGGCUGUAAGCGUAAGAAAAAUAUAGUGCUUAGCCAAGUACUGUGGAAUUUUUCCACUGAAAGAAAGUAUAGAGUAAAUUGCCUCUUGCUAGGAGUGCUUUAGCCUUGUAGUCAAAAGUCUGCUUCCUUUGUAUGACAAGUGACAAGAGUCCUUUUUUUCUCCUUCCCUUUGGUUCCCUAAUCUCACAGAGGAGAACCUCCUGACAGGCUAUAUAUGCCACAUUUACCAGACUUAUCAUGAUAGAACCAGUCAAUAACUAUGUUGAUCCUAUGAGAUUUUUUUUAAUUUUGCUAAAUGCUGUCUGUUAGCCUAAAAAAUCUUAAUACUAGGGAGCUUAAGCGAACCACCACGACGACGGCAACGAGAACGUCACCAAACAAAGGUUUAAUGAGCAAAACAAUAGCUGUGCACGUGCGUUAUAAAUCGUACAUUCCUUUGCCGUCCUCUGGAAAACAACAACGUGAAAUGACCAAGUUUUGCGUCGUCUACGGAACGUGGACGACGACGGCUAAUUUUUCGUAUUU